UGUGUGCGCGCGAGGUUCAGUCAAACGCACGAGCUCAACAUCACACACGCAUCACACACGCGCGAGAAAGAAACCAGAAAAAAAUGAACGUCGUUUUUGUUGUCGUAGCAGGUGUGAUGCUAAGUUUGGGAUGUGCUGAAGACCAGUCAGCAGCUGCAUCCACCACUGAAAAAACUUUAACUUCUACCUACAAGCAAACCAUAAACGUCAUGGCACAGGAUAUAAGUACAAACACGUCGAAGGACACGUCCAACAACACAACCACCACAUCUGCCACCAACACUUCUACCAAUACGACCACAGCUGCCACCAACACUGCUACCAAUACGACCACAGCUGCCACCAACACUGCUACCAAUACGACCACAGUUGCCACCAACACUGCUAUCAACACCACCAUCACAAAUGCCACUGAAACCCCCGCCAUCACUAUCACAGAUGCCACUAACACCACCACCAACACCACUGCCUCAGCUGUCACCAACACCACCACAGCUGCCACCAAAACCACCACCAUCAUUACCACAGAUACCACCAACGCCACCACCAACACUGCUGCCACCACCAUCAGCACCAUUACCACCAUUACCACCACCACAGCUGCCACCAACACCACCACUAAUGCCACCUCCAUCAUGCCAACAACAGCCCCUACCUUUCCCUCAACAUCAUCUAUUCAUUCAGCUACAUCAAAAGCGAAUUCUAGUUUAACAUCCAUCACUUCUUCAGUGAAACCCCAGUUCUCCACUACAACCAUUCUGCGGCCAACACAAUCACGUUUGACAAGAAAACCAGUAUCAUCCACAGUGAAGCCCAGUACAACAAAAGUCUCAAACAGUGCCAGUCCUGUCAAGGCAUUGAGUUCAGUGAGCGUCGCCGCCAUCGUCAUUGGUUUCAUCGUCCUUGUGAUAUUUUUAUUGGGUGGAGUAUAUUACUUCAAAAUAAAGCGCCCUUCCUAUGGCCGUCUCUUGGAUGACACAGAACAUGGCAAUUUCUUCAACCCCAUGUUCGAUGGCUAAGUGCCACUUCAGAAAAAGUUCUAGUAUUGACCUUUUUCAGAGGGAAAGGAUUUGGACCUUUGGAGGCCUGCCAUGGCUUUGAACAUGUCGACAGUGACUAAUGAUCUGCUCUUUCAGGGAAAGUAUGAUCUGAAACCAGAACAAAUUAAACAAAAUCUGAUGGUCUUAUAAAUGAGACAUUUAUGUGACAGAUGAUAAUAUAUGCACUUAAAUUGUUAAAUAUUAAAUGAUAGAUAGAUAGCCAUAUGCCUGUUCUGUGAAAUGAUAUAUAUUGUUUCUGUUAUAUCUUUAAUAAUAAUUUAUAAAUCAUUUUGAACAUUUACAAACAUGGUUUAAUUUUUUAAGGAGGAAUUGUUUUGGUUUCCAGUAGUUCAACUGAAAAGGAUUUUGAAUAAUGAUUAUAUACAUGAAAGGAAUAUAUAUAAUAAAAUACAAUAUAAGUAUACCAGAUAUAAAUACUGGAAAAGUCCCAAGACCUUUUCACCAUUUGGAUUAUAGUUUGUUUUGUCCCUUUGACCUAUUUGUAAAUGUUGUAAUUGAAUUUAAUGUUGUACCACCAUUUUUCUGGUAGCAAACCUUAAAAAAACAAAAAACUGUUACGCAUAUGCUGACAAGUACAGUAGGAUUGUGUGGCCAUAUUGUCCAUUUCCAAUCAUUAUUUUAUCUGUAUUUUAAUGUUUUCAUAUUUGUGAUAUGUUACUUUGAAUAAAUUGUCUGUAGCUUAUUAAUUUACCGGACUUUUCCUGUCAUUGUUUUAUUAUAUAUUUUUACCCAACAUUC